CUGGGAGAGCGGGAGGCGAGAGCGGGCAAAAAAAUAAAAAAAAAAAAGAAAAGGAAAAAAAAAGGAGGUCCUGGCUGAAGUCAAACACAAAGUGAAGCACGCGAAUGUGGGAGCAGGACGGAUAACCCACGAGGAGUGCGGCUGGAAGGAGGGCAGCGUUCUGAUGAUGUGUGUAACUGAAAGCGUGCCGUGGUUUGUUACAGCCUUCCUGGUGCUGGGGCUGUGUAAACCAGGGAAGGGGACCGUGGUUAAGCAGUGUUGAAAAACAGGAGAAGUGCUGGAGUGUUGGGAAUUCCAUUUAUUUGUUUGAAUCCAUGACCUUUUCCCUUGGAAGCAGUCAUGUCAGCUUCAGUUUGCUACUUCUUUCUUCUCUUGCAUAAGAAGUGUGGUGAUCCUAGGCCGAGCUGCUUGCAGUUUCAUUUAAAAUGAGCCCUGGAGUGAUAGAUACCGCAGCCAGUUUGGUCUGAAGAGGUUGUGUGAGAAGUUCUUGAAGGUGGCUACCCAAUGAGAUUGGUCUGUGUAGAGACACUCACUGCCUCUACAGAGGAUCUCGGUGCUGUGUUUCCUUGUAGGAUACAGAAGGCUGCCUCAGAGUGAAAAGGCUCCAUUUGCAAUCUGCAAUUUCUGAUGGCUAACAAGUUGGAUACAGCAAUGUGGAUUUCCCGCUUGUUCACAGUUUACUGCUCUGCUUUAUUUGUCCUGCCUCUUCUAGGGUUACAUGAAGCAGCAAGCUUCUAUCAGCGCGCCUUGCUGGCAAAUGCUCUCACUAGUGCUCUCCGACUACACCAAAGGCUACCACACUUCCAGCUUAGCAGGGCCUUUCUGGCCCAGGCUUUGCUGGAGGACAGCUGCCACUACCUGCUGUACUCUCUUAUCUUUGUGAACUCCUACCCUGUCACAAUGAGCAUUUUCCCAGUUCUGCUGUUCUCUUUGCUUCAUGCUGCUACAUACACAAAGAAAGUUCUUGAUGCACGAGGCUCAAAUAGCCUGCCCUUUCUGAGAAAUCUUCUAGAGAAACUGAAUGCUAAUCAACAGAAUAUUCUAAAAUUCAUUGCUUGCAAUGAAAUUUUUCUGAUGCCAGCCACAGUUUUUAUGCUCUUCAGUGGUCAAGGGAGUCUGCUCCAGCCAUUCAUUUACUAUAGGUUUCUAACAUUACGCUACUCUUCUCGGCGAAACCCGUACUGCAGGACUCUCUUCACUGAGUUGAGAAUUGUUGUUGAACAUUUAAUAAUGAAGCCCUCAUGCCCUGUUUUUGUAAGAAGACUGUGUCUCAGCAGCAUUUCCUUUAUAAGCAGAUUGGCACCAACUGCUGCAUAGCCAAAUUUCAGACACGCGUCUAUUGUGAACAUUGUGAGCAGCUGGCACUUCUGCUGAUGAUUAAAUUUCUGGUUUUACACUGAUCUCACUCCAGGCUGUAUAAAAAUGUGUCUUUGCUUUUCUUGGAGAUAAUAUAAAAUUUAGCAUAUCAAAAGCAAGUCAUGGAAACUUCAAAAUUACUGUGCUAUAUUGGUAAUUGGUGGAAAAAAAGUAGCUGCAUUCUAUCCUAAACGUACCCAGUCCUGCAGAAUUGUUUUUUAGAAAUCAUUAGUUGUUGGAUGCUGAUUAAAACUCUUUAAGAGCCUGUGCAUAAUAGGUUUAUACUAGCUGGAACCAUUGCUAUGGUAGGGUGUCUCUAGCAGGUAGCAUUGGUACAUACACCUAGGCAGUACAUGUUGGACAGUAUUCUUCUGCUUACUAAAUAUAUGUAGAAUUAUUGUCCAAAUCACUAUAUUCAGUGAAAAACAUUGCCCACCUUUAAUUUAACAAAAUUUAAAGGGUAUCAAGCUGGUAUAGGUAACACCUUUUCAGGAGAGCCUAUUUCUGCUAAUGUCAUUUAAAGAUAAGGUAAAAGCUCAGAAGAGUUAUGAUGAAGCCUUCUGUUUGGUUGCUGGGAGAAAUCUCAAGGCUCUGACCAUGGAGAAUUCAGUUGUCUUGUCAAAACAGGAUGUUUUACCAAGCCAAACUGCUGACCUGGAGGCUUUUCAGACAAAGAUGCAAUGCUUAAACUUUUAACCAUCUCUUAAGUGAACUAAUCAAUGUAAAUGUUGUAACUUUUGGAGAAUCAUUGCGGAUAUGUUCUUGUGUCUACACAAAUGUGAGACUGCAGUAAUUCAAGCAUGUCUGCUUUUUAGAAGAUUAAUCUGUAGCUAGCUCUAUAUAAAUUGUUAUUCCAGUUUCUGAGACUCUCAUUGUAAUGGGAAAUUUGCAUAAAGGAUUGCACCUGUUCAGGCAGCUAUUGAAACAAAUUGCUGUAGGAUUUUUUGGCAUAAAUCCAUCUUAUGACUGAUCUGAAGGCAGUAUCAUGACUACAGAAGUGAAUAUUAAAUUGAGUGCUGAUUAUGUAUUCACCCAGCAGCUGAAAGGUAGGUCAUAGAAAAAGAGUGUUAUCUGCCCGCAUGUAAUAUCUUUCCAUGAGUUCAAGGCAAAGUAUUUGCCUUAUCUUCUGUAGCUAAUAUUAAUGUUCUAAUUGCAUAAAAUUAAAUGGGAUAAUUGGCCUUUUGUAAAAAUCCUAAGGUACUGUGCUCUUCUUCCUUAGUCAGAGAAAUGUGAAACACUUCUGAAAACAGUCUCAGAGCAAAGUAUGUAACUACUGAGUUAUCUUGUUUGCAAUGCGGAUGUUAUUUGGCCUUUUCAGUUGUUUUAGCUUGCUAUUUUAGAGCUGUGUAUUUACACACUUAAUUUUUUGCCCAACCUCUUGGUACUGAUAAAGACCUGUUUUUGGUAAUCAAAUAUGAUACUCUUUGACUUUGCAUCUUGCUUUCUGAACAUGAUUAGUUAUUUAUAGAACACUUGCAUACUGCAUAAGCAACUGCAUGCAGUACUGCUCUACUGCUGCUAAUACUUGCAACAAGAUUCACUAUGUGUAUAUCCUGUAACUUGAGGAUUUUAUAAAACCUAAAAUUUCUACUACAAUAAAAUGAGUGUUAAAUGUAA